UCAGGGAAAUGACAGUCAUCUAUCUAGAGAUGAUCUACUAGUACUAUUAUGAUUUCAUUAAGUACUAAGUAGCCUAUCUUUCUGAAAUAUGUUCUGCUGAUUAAUGUUUUCAACAACACAUUAGAUUUUACCCCCCCCCUUUCCUAAAGAUAUGCUUAUCAUUAUCAUUGCAUACCCUAGCUCUGUUCGUUAGCCUAGUUGGUGCAGAAAAAUAGAAAGUUAAAACCCAUUUCAAUAGGAAUGCAGCACAGAAGAUGAAAGAAAUAAAUAGUGUUUUAAAAAAAAAAGAAUUUAAAAUGGAGGAAAUUUUGAAAAAAGAAUUGAACACAGAGAAAGUGGUUUUGUUAGGUUCCAGCAGUGGUGGAUGUAUUAAUGAGGCUAAGACAUAUGAGACUGAUCAAGGAAAAAUAUUUGUUAAGACCAACACAAAAUCUGGUUCUAGAAAAAUGUUUGAUGGAGAAUAUGCUAGUCUUGUUGCUAUAGAUAAAGUUGGUGUUGUCAAAGUUCCUAAACCAUACAAGGUGAUUGAUCUACCAGAAGGGGGAGCUAUUUUUGUUAUGGAAAAUUUAGAUCUAUCACAAGGUUUAUCAAAGUUUGCAUCACUGCUUGGACAACAGAUGGCAAGUCUUCAUUUACACAAUUCUAAAACAAGACAAGCUAUAGCCAAGGCAGAGGGUCAUAUAGGUAAAACUGAUAAAUUAACAUAUAUAGAUAAAUAUGGUUUUGAUGUACCAACAUGUUGUGGUUAUAUAGAACAGUGUAAUACAUGGAACAGUGAUUGGAUAUCAUUUUACAGUAAUAAAUUAGAGUCACAAGUUACGCUUGCUGAGUCACAGUAUGGUGACAGAGAAGUUAGAGAGUUAUGGAAUACCUUAAAUCCAAACAUACAUAAACUAUUUACAAAUGUUGAUUUGGAACCUGCCUUACUUCAUGGAGAUUUAUGGAGUGGAAAUGCAGCAGAAAAUUCAGAUGGCCCAGUUGUAUAUGAUCCUGCUUCUUUCUAUGGUCAUUCAGAAUUUGACCUUGCUAUAUCUUGUAUGUUUGGUGGAUUUGGACAAGAUUUUUUCACUGCCUAUCAUAAAGUUCUACCAAAAGCAGAGGGUUUUAAACUAAGAUUAGACCUUUAUAAACUGUUCCAUUAUUUAAACCAUUGGAACCAUUUUGGUGGUGGAUAUAAAAGUUCAUCUGUGAAUAUCUUAAAAUCUUUGAUCAAGGCUACAAGGUGAUGUAAAACAGCACAAUCUUUUUUAAGUGAGCGAAAGUCUGCCAUUUUUUGAUUUUAAAAGGAUGUAAUUGGUUUAGAAUUUGGAAUUAAUUUUGUUAAAUUUUUACCCAGCAUUUACAUUAUGGAAAAUAAUUAAAAUUUUAAUUCCACCAUAAUCAAAAUGGUUGUAUAAUAUGAUUGUUGAUGAUGAUCGAUUGUGGCGUACAAUGAUAAUUAUGUUUAUUCAUCAUUUUAUGACUUUUAAAAUUAGAUCUAAUGCGCUCUAUAAAUGCAUUAUUAUACAUACAUUAUGCAAGAGCUAAAUCUGAUUAUUGCAAGUCUUUAUUUAUAGACUUGUCAUAGAAAUUAUAAAUUAGAUCUUUAUUUACACAACAAACACAAAAUCAACUCUGUAGACCCACGGAGGGCUUGGAUUCAGCUUGGAUUUAAACGGGAUUUCGUUGACUGAUUUAAUUUUAAAUGGUGUCGUGAGCGGAGAUUAACCGUUACGUUGACGUCAUACUCCCGAAUCGAGGCUAAAUGAUAGAGUGUACGAGUGUACAAUAAACUAAAUACAGAUAAUGACAAAUUAUACAAUUCCUGGAGACCGUGUGAUGACUAAUACAGACGGACAGGUCUUCUGUCUUAAUAAUAUCAAUAAAAAUAUUUUUAUUUCCCCCAAUAGGCACGACGCCACUGGUGUAUACCUAUAGAUUUAUCAUAAUUGUAUUAUAAUAUUAUGUCUUAUAAUCAAUUGAUUUAGUGCAUGCCCAAAAUUCAAGUAAGAAUGAAAAUUUACCCUCUCACUCAUUUUAUCCAUUUGUUAUAAAAAUUAAAAAAAGUAAAACACAAAUUUGGAUAUGAUGACAGCAGACAAAAGACUGCAGAGAUUAUGUAGGUGGAGUUAACGCCUGUCAAUCAAACGAUCAGCCAUACUAAGAAUCGGUGAAGAUGGAAUUCAAUCCCAUUUCUAGUCAAAAAUUACACUGGUGAUAACUAUGAUCAGAAUAAAGUAAUUUGACUGAAAUUUUCAAUAUAUUCUUCUUUCAUCAUCUAUUUUUGAACUGUUAUAGCAAGAAUGGCUAACUCCUUAUAAAAAUCUCCCAUAAUGUAUCUUUAAUUUUAAUAAGUAUAUUCAUUAAUUAAUUGAUCCAAAUAAAAGGGAUGUAAAAAUAUAAUCAGAUGAUGUAGUAUCAACCAUAGCUUUCAAUCAUGGCUUUCAUGUCAAGAUUUUGACUUGAAUUUUUAUUGCAGUCACCUUUGAAAAUGGGGUUUUAAAAAUAAGCUAGUUUUACAUAUGCCUGCCAUAUAUCACACUGUGAUACCCCAGAUAGUUCUAUUAAACAAUGGUUUUAAAACUGAAUUAACUAAAAAAUGUAAUAAUAAAUGAAAAGGAAUAAAAAAUUGUAACACAUUUUAAAUAGAUUUAUAUAUUGUAUACAUGUAAAUUAUAUAAAUUACAGAAACUGAAUUAACUAAAAAAUGUAAUAACGAAUAAAAAUGUAAUAAUAAUAAAAAAAAAGUAAUAAGAAAUUGUAACACAUUUUAAAG